UGCCCUGUCACCGCCCUCAAUACUCUCCUCUGUCGCCUGUUGCUUCUUCUCAUUCAUUCCUUUAACGCUGCUCAUCUCACCCUCUGCAUUCUGAAGGGAGCUUUCUCCAUCAAUUUCUGCACUACAUUCUAAGAACAAUUAAAUAGAAACAAAGUUAGAUUUAUAAUUCUAAAAGAAGAUGCUGAAGAUCUACAUCGUCGCUUUUGUUAUCGUGGCCUGGGUGUGUGGGGAGGCUGCAUCGGCCUAUCUGAAGGCUUUUGAGGAAGGAGAGGCACCAGAGCAGAGACCUAGCCCAUACGAGCAGGCGAUGCUGAAAAGGCUGCAGACUUACCUGGACUCGGAGGACAGGCAACGUUUCUCAGAGUCAGAGCUUCCAUCCAAGCGUCAGAUGCGUUACAACCAGUGUUACUUCAAUCCCAUCUCAUGCUUCAAGAGGAGGAAGUAGACACAUCCUUGAAAAGACAGCAGCAGCAAAUUAUCGAAAUAUUGUUUUCUUUUUCGUUUUAAAGUUUCUCCAUCCAUUCCAGAGGUGCCCCCUUAAGUAGCCCGUCUCUUUCAUUCCAAAAACAUAUUGACUUUUCUUUUGUAACAACAACUGUCUUAUAAGUUGCUCAUUUUAUGAAUUGCCAAUUUGAUUUCAAUACACCGAUCGCGAUACUAGUAUCGACAAUUAAUAAUAAUAUUACAACAAAUAAUAUUUUUUAAAAAAAUUAAUGGUCAAUUCCUACUUAGAUCAAAAAAGAAAAAUUGCAUUUUAGUUACUUUUUAUUAAAUUAUUACAAUUAUUUUCUCCCAUAUAAAACUAAAAUUAAUUAAUUAAAUUUAAUGAAUGAAUUAACAUUUGGUAAAACUGUAUUAACGUCAAGUCCACUACAAGUUUUAAAAAAAAGUAUUUGAAUUUGAAUGGAAGAAUAAAAACUAGUCUAUUACGAUUAAAAAUUCGAACAAAAUAUAUAGAUAUACUAUAUAGGGAGAUUGUGAACUAAUAGUUGAAAUUGAAGAAAAAAAAGGCUCGUGGUAUCAGAUAACUAUAAAAGUAUAAAUUUGGCGACGUGAACCACACGAGCUACCACGUCAUGUUCUUUAUUGAAUUGAUCUGACACAGCGACUAUAAAAUAAUUAAAUAUUUAAAUGUGAGCAAUAAACUUAUUUUUUCUUCUGACAGAGCUAUAAGUUAGAAAUGAUCACUGAUGUUAUUUU